GUCCCGCUGUUCGUAUCAUUAGACGUCCAUAUUUUGCGUGGAUAUGUUGAUAUUUCAUGAUUUAAAAGAUAAUAAGUGAUAAAGAUUUCAUAUAGUGUUGCGCUUAGUGUAAGUCAAUUCCACUGAUUAGUUUGAAGGCAGUGCAGAUAUAGUUAAUUGUAGUAUAAUUUUAUAAUUUGUGUAAAAUAUGCAAUCAUUUAGGAAAUCGGCCAUAAAUUUGGCCGUGUUAAAUAAACAAUUCGUAAGGUCAGUGACCGUAAGCAGUUCAGCCGUUAAUAGUAAUGAGAAUUGUCAGGAACUGAAGUCAUGGCGAGAGAUACCUGGCCCUUCUUCUUUACCUCUAAUUGGACAAAUACAUCAUUUUCUUCCUGGAGGCUCACUACAUACAAUUGAAAGUAAUAUGGGCUUAUCCGAAAAGUUGUACCAGCUUUUUGGACCGAUUGUUAGACUGGAUGGUGCAUUUGGUUCGCCCAGUAUAAUUUUUUUGUUCGACGCUGAAGCUUCGUCUCAAAUACUUCGUAAUGAGAAUUGGAUGCCGAUUCGAAUCGGUUUUCAAAGUUUGGAAUAUUUCAGGAAGAACUAUAAGAAAAGCGAACGUGAUCAAAAUGAAUCAACAGGUCUAAUCACUGAACAACUUGAACCGUGGAAGAAGUUCCGAUCAACUGUCAACCCUAUUAUGCUACAAACUAAAACUAUUAAACUGUAUAGAAAUAGCUUAAUUGAAGUUGCUGAAGAUAUGAUUAAAAGAAUGAAGCUUAUACGUAACGAAAAAAAUAUGUUGGAAGGGAAAUUCGAUGAGGAGAUGAAUUUGUGGGCUUUGGAAUCCAUUGCUUUAGUAGCACUUGGGGGUCGUCUUAAUUGCCUUGAUCGUAGUCUCCCAGAAAAUUCUCCGGAAAGGAAGUUAAUACAGACAAUACAUGACAUAUUUAAAACAGCGGAAGAAAUUGAUUUUAAGCCAAGCCUCUGGAGAUACAUUUCAACCCCAACCUUUAAAAAGGCAAUGAACAUGUAUGAAACACAAGUAGAACUCAGUAAAUUUUUUAUUGGAAAAGCGAUAAAACAACUUGAAACUAAAGACAAAAACUUGAACGAAGAAAAAGGCAUUUUGGAAAAACUACUGGAAAUUGACGAAAACACAGCCGUAACCAUGGCUAGUGACAUGUUGUUUGCUGGUGUCGACACGGCGGCCAACACCAUGACAGCGACUCUUUACUUACUGGGUACAAACCCAGAAAAGCAAAUAAAAUUAAGGAAAGAAAUCAUGUCCGGAAAAGAGGAGCGAUCAUACUUAAAAGCGUGUAUAAAAGAGUCGAUGAGGAUGCUCCCGGUGGUUGCGGGUAACAUGAGGCAAACAACAAAAGAAUACGAUAUUUUAGGCUACAGAAUACCCAAAGAUAUGCAUGUAUCGUUUGGUCAUCAAUUUUUAUCGUCAAUGGAAGAGCAAUUCCCGAGAGCAAAGGAAUAUAUACCAGAAAGAUGGAUUACCGAAAAAACUGACCCGUUGCAUCACAGCAAUGCACAUCCUUUUGCAUUCAGCCCAUUCGGAUUUGGAGCUCGCAGUUGUAUUGGUCGUCGGAUAGCUGAAUUGGAAAUAGAAAUAUUCCUCGCUAAGGUCAUAGAGAACUUCCACGUGGAAUGGUUUGGACCACCUCUGAAGGUUAAGCCUAGUACUCUCAAUUACAUCACGGAACCCUUCAACUUUGUGUUUAAGGAUGUUAAGUAGUAUAUUUUAAUAGCGUCUUAGUUAGUGCUGAAUAGGAUACAAGAUACAUACUGAGU